AUGCCUGUUGUGAUUUGGUUAUCAGAAGUUGGUAAAGAUGUUACGAAAAAAAAUUCUAUCAAUUGGGAUCAUACAAAAACAAAGUUAAAUAUUCAACAUCGACAAACAAUUAUUCAAAAUAGAUUACGAGAAGCUGAACAUAGUUUAAACUUUCAUCUACAACAAUCAUAUCCAUUCGAUUGUGAAUUAAACAAUAAGACUGCUUUAGUUAGUUUUUUGAAUGUUAUCUCUCAUGGUGUUGUUACUCUUGCCGAAAAUAGCUUAUAUUAUUUCCGGACCAAUUUUGAACAAAAGAAAAUCUUAUUAGACUUUGAUAUUACUGAUGCACGUCUUGUCAAAUUAUUUUACGAUUUAAAUCCUACACAAGAACAGAUUUCGAGUGUUCAAAAGAUUUGGCGAGCCAAAGUUAAAUCUUGUAAACAAACAAUUCGCCGAAAAAAGAAGUAUCAUUCAUCAUCAAUAAUGCACACAAUUUCAAUGAUAGAUUUUGAUCAAGAUCAACAAAAAAAUCUACGUUCAAUACAAUCAUUUACUACUCCAAUGCAAAAAAUUAUUGAAGCUCGCCUAACAAAUAUUGAAGAACGUACACAACAAUUAAUGAAAUUCAUUUAUACUAUUAAUGACAAUGUCUUCUUCUAA